AUGCUGAGGCGCGGGUUCCCGGUCUCAACAUGCACAACGUUCUGCAUCGCUCUGCUUAUGGCUUGGAACGUAUCAUUGAGAACGUCUACGAGCAUCACCAUCCGCGUAACCGAUAUUAUGAUAUCAAGGCUUUGAGCAAGAGUCCCAUCCUUGGUUGCAGUGAGCCACUUGAUCGCCUCAAGCUGGCUCGUGCUGUCUGCAAGGCGUUCGGCCACUUCAUCGACGUUCAUUCUCUUGUUGACGUUCAUCCGAGCGCUUCUGGCCAGAUUUAUAGCGGGUCAGAGCGUUCGGUGCUCUGA